GUUUUUCCGGAGUCCCAUCCCUUGUUGGCUGUCAAAUCUGGUAAUUUGACUGACGUGAUGGAAAGGUCUAGGCUGUAUAAAAACAAAGAUAAGGACUCUGAGGAACUUCGGAGGCGUCGUACUGAUCAGUCUGUUGAACUUCGCAAGGCUAAGAAGGACGAACAGCUUCAGAAGCGAAGAAACAUACUAUUGACUGAACUAGAUGAAACCUCACCCUUGAAAGAAAAGCAAAUUGAUACUCCUGAACACGUUAACUACGAUGCAGUUAUCCGUGAUAUGCAAUCAAGUGAUCGAGUCGCUCGAUUUAAAGCAGUUCAGCUCUGUAGAAAAACCCUAUCACGCGCAAAGAACCCUCCAAUAGACGAGUUUUAUAAAAGGGGUGCUGUCGACAUCCUUGGUUCAUCCCUCAGUUCCACUCACGAUGAUCUUGUUUUCGAGGCUGCAUGGGCACUCACAAACAUUGCCUCCGGUGAUAGCUCUCAUACAGCAGCCGUAGUCUCCUCUGGAACUGUCCCAAAACUGGUACGGCUGUUAAGUCAUUCUGCUAUCAAUAUUGCUGAGCAAAGUGUAUGGGCUCUAAGUAAUAUUGCCGGAGAUGGAUCCAAAUUCCGAGAUAUAGUUAUCGAGAGCGGAGUUGUUGAACCAGUGUUAAAACUUCUAGAUCGAGUUUGGAAGCAGCCCACCGUGGUAUCAAAUAUUGCCUGGAUGUUGUCUAAUCUUUGUCGAAACCGAGAUCCUCCUCCACCACGUGCCGUCAUUAAAAAGCUUCUGCCUUAUCUCAAUCGACUUCUUCAGUAUGAGGGUAAUAAGAAUGUGGUUGUGGAUACUGCAUGGGCUCUUUCAUACGCAAGUGAUGCCGUAAAUGAAUUUAUCGAUGAUAUAAUAGAAAGUGGGUGUGUCCCGUUACUUCUGCGACUGUUGGCAUCAUCAUCGGCGAAUCUCAUUUCUCCCUCUCUCAGAGCCAUUGGUAAUCUUGUUAUCGGUACUGAUGAACAAACACAAGCUAUUCUGGAUGCUGGUUUACUAAAUUACAUCCCUGCAUUGCUAAACAAUGAAAAGUCUACUGUGGUCAAAGAAGCCUGUUGGGUAGUGAGUAACAUUACCGCCGGAAGUGUAGAUCAAAUUGACAUGGUUAUAAGUCACAACAUCAUGCCAUGCAUUUUGGAGAUCUUUUACAAGGGUGAAUUCAGAACUCAAAAAGAAGCGUGCUGGGUUAUCAGUAAUUUUAUUAGCGGUGGAACCCCGGCACAAUGUGCAUAUUUGUUGAACCAAAAUGUGUUGAAAGCACUUUGCAAUAUACUUACAGUUUCAGAGUCGAAGGUUGUACUUAUGGUUUUAGAGGGAAUAAAAAAACUCCUAGAGAUUUCUGAUCAGUAUGGGCAAUUAGAACCAGCUUGUAUCGAGUUAGAGACGUGUGGGGGCUUGGAUAAGUUGGAAGAAUUGCAAGAUCACACUAACGUUCAAGUCUAUCAAGUUGCUUACGAUUUAAUUGAAAAGUACUUCAAUGAUGCGGAUGAUGAAAACGAAAGCAAAAUCGUGGCUGCUGAUGGCACAGAGAAUAGUGAGACUUUUCCUCCUAAUUCAGAACAAGAAUUCCAGUUUAUUGCUCCCGAUGGAGCUUCAGGACAAGAUGGUGACUUUCAUUUCUAAGUUAGAAGUUACUUCGACGCUAACUUCGCAUCAAAAUUAUCCGAGUUUCUAAAUAGAUUACUGGUAUAUGAACGAUGGUAUUCUUGGCCACUUUUAUAACCUUAACCUCCCCACAUCGUGGUAAUCAACAAUAGUCAUGUUCCUUCUCCAUGUUUUUCUCGAUAAAUUGGGAC